AUGCCGGCGCAAGUGGGGAAGUACGAAUGGUGCUAUGCAUCCGGCGAAGAUGACAGCGAGGAGAUCAAGGUCUUCGUCCCAAUCGAGGACACCAUAAAAGCCAAAGACUGUGAUGUCAAGAUCACAAAGAAGCAGCUCAAGGUUGGCCUGAAAGGGCAGGAGCCGAUCGUGGAUGACUUCCUGUGGAAGGAAGUCGAUGCGGAUGAAUCGAGCUGGGAGUUGGACAAGGACAAAAACGGGAAGAGAUGUAUCGUCAUUUCCCUCAUGAAGAAGAGCAAGUGGGACAGAUGGGAGUAUCUGGUGAAAUGCGAGGACAUACCUCCAGACACCACCAUCACCAACAAGGUCUUCUUUGACAUUGCCCUCGACGAGACGAAGCUUGGGCGAAUCGUCAUGGGCCUCUAUGGCAAGCAGGUGGAAAACUUCAGAGCUCUUUGCACGGGUGAGAAGGGCGAAGGAAAGGCCGGCAAGCCACUGCAUUACAAGGGAUGCAGCUUCCAUCGGAUCAUCCCGAGAUUCAUGUGCCAGGGCGGGGACUUCACCCACGGUAACGGCACCGGUGGCGAGUCGAUCUAUGGAGAGAAGUUCGCGGACGAGAACUUCAGGGUCAAGCACACCAAGCCCGGCUUGCUUAGUAUGGCCAAUGCAGGUCCUGGUACCAACGGCAGCCAGUUCUUCCUGACGGUGAAGGAGACCCCGCACCUGGACGGCAAACACGUCGUCUUCGGAGAGGUGCUGGAGGGCUACGAAGAGGCCCGGGCAUCCCAUGUGGCAGACUGCAUGGAAUCCCCUUUCCUGUGCUACUAG